UAAUUUUUAUAAGCAUUUAUCAAUCUCUACUUUAAUUACCGUACAAUAAUUUACAAUGUUUAUCCGGCAACUUGCUCGAAUAGUGAACAAUCAGCCAAAGCUGGUUCGAACGUACUGCAGUGAUCCUGGCCGCAUCGAAAAAACGGUUAACAGCGUCACGCUGUUGGGACGCGUCGGAGCCGAUCCGCAGAAGCGUGGCAACGAUGCUCACCCAGUGGUAACGUUCUCACUGGCAACUCAUUCCAACUAUCGGUACGAAUCCGGCGAUUGGAUGCAGAAAACCGACUGGCACCGAGUUGUGGUGUUCAAACCAGCUCUGCGAGACGCGGUGAUGGCUUACCUGCGUAAGGGUCAACGAACGAUGGUCACCGGAAAGAUUUCCUACGGAGAGAUAACUGAUCAGGAAGGAAAACAGCGACCCACCACCAGUGUAAUUGCGGAUGAUGUCAUCUUUCUGCAGAACCAAAGUCAGUAGAAUUUGUAUUGGGUAUAGUUCUUCUGCAAUCGCCAUAAGUACCUAUAUAAGAAUAGUUUGAUGCACAUUAAG